AUGUGUGCUUUGAAGGCUGCGCCGGAUGUCAACUUGGAGUCUCCUCAAGGAGUCAAAGGUAGCACAAAGGAAAUGCUCGCCGACAUCUUACCCACUCUGACUGAAAGCUGGAUAAUCUCUGCUCUUGUGACUAGGGCUAACGACUUGUUUGGUCCUCUUCCUCGGCGCGUUUUUGAGGGGAUUAUUUAUCCACCUACGGUUAUGGCUCAGCUAGGGGACUCAAUCACAAACCUAUCAGUAAAAGAUAUAAAAGAGAUCUGCAAGAAGAUCCGUACGCGGAUGUUUGUAUCGCCCUCCGCUGACUAUCGCCCUGCGUUGUUAGUCUCGGGAGACUGUGCCGAGAGUCCUGGGUGGACGCUUUCGUUCCUUUCCCAUACAACUAGUCAUCUGGUUGAGCAGCAGCUCAUCACUGGAGAGCGAGAACAGCUGGUCGAUUAUCACAACCUUUCCCGAAAGGUUCCCUUGACUGCGGCUACAGCGGGAAGGGUGUUUGAACCCAUCCUGCAAGACCUGCUUGUUAGCCUAAGGGUGAACGUUCCCCUGAUCAAAAUGGAGCGCCAGUCUACCCAAACAAGAACAUUCAAGACCCCCAGCCUUCCCCACCAGCAUUCAGGUCUCUUCAUAGCAAGGAAACCUGUCUUAACACGUACCUUCACGGUAUUCCAGGGCGUGGAAGAAGACCAUUACCUGUUUCCGGACGUCAGCAAUCAUCCGUUGUUUGAUGCAGUUCUCGUCGAACGCCAGAAUGAUGCUGUCACCAUAUGGGCUCUUCAAGCUACCUCAGCCAUCUCGCCCCAUAGGGGCUCUCAAUCUGGGUACGGAGUGCUCGAAAAAUACACCAAGCUACAGGGGCAAGUGGCGUUCUUACCCGCCGAUACGUGUUGGUGA